UUUCCCGCCACAUUUUGUCCUUCCAUCGAUAUGCUUGGACACAGCACUCUGUGAACAGCAGCCUCCUUAGCUCUGAACGUUCGUGGCUUCCCCAUCCUAUGGAGGCUAUCAAUGAUGGUCUUCUGGCCACUUGUCAAGUCUGCAGUCUUCCCCUAUGGAACCCAACUGAAGCAAUUUCAUGACACCUGGGGAAACCCGGGCAGGUGCUUUGAGUUUAGGAGAUGAUUAGUGUGUGACAAAAUAGCAGCAAACCUUUUCCAUGACGACGCCCCCUCAGCACACACACAAUGAAUGAGAGUCAGCCGCUUUGCCAAGUGCAGUGUGAAAGGCCUCAAGAGUCACGUCUUUUCAGUUUGAUGUCUUUGGCUUUGAGUUGUUCGUUGUCUCCGUUUUGUUUUCGAGGGCAGAUGGGAGCCUCCCGAGUUCUUGAGUGCGUUUCGAGCGGCAUUCAUCAGUGGAGAAGAAAUUACAUUAUUGGAGGAAUCUGAGAAUAUUUAGGAUUUGGACAAUUUCAAGCUGGUGACGUCAUUCCUCUCAGAUCUGGAGUCUCUCCGUGCGUGGGAGGGUCCGACACCAACUCGUCCGGUUGUGCGCAGGCGUCCGAAAGACGCUCGUGUGGACGCCCCUCCGCCCGGUCUCUAUGGCGACCGGUCCGCGCUGCCCCGUGACGUCAACAUUCCAGCGCGAGCACACGCACACACACACGCACGCACGCACGCACGCGCGCCGAACUCUGUGGAUGCAAGACGCAGCAGGAUGAGGCCUUUGUUGGUGUGCGUGUGCGUGCUGCUGGGUGCGGCGGAGGCCUCACGCGCGGCGUCGCUGACCGAACCCUUCGGAAGCUUCCAGUCGCCCGACUUCCCGGCGAGCUAUCCCGACGACACGCGACGUCGCUGGGAAAUCCGCGUUCCCCACGGCUUCCGUGUGCGACUCCACUUCAGCCAUUUUGACCUGGAACCUUCCGACUCGUGCCAGUACGACUACGUCAGGGUGGAGGCCGGGGGCGGGGCUUCCCCUCUGGGCGUGUUCUGCGGCGGCGACGCUUCGGACCCGGAGAAGGUUCCGGGCCCGGCGCCGCUCGCUUCCCCCGGAAACGUUCUGAGCGUCGUCUUCUCGUCCGACUUCUCGAACCAGGAAAACUUCUCGGGCUUCCGAGCUCACUACAGCGCGGCAGACGUGGACGAGUGCGCGGAGGGCGUGGACGGGCGGGACGCCUGCGACCACCUGUGCCACAACUACGUGGGCGGCUUCUACUGCUCCUGUCGCCAUGGUUACUUGCUGCACCGCGACAAGCGCACGUGCGCAGUGGAGUGCAGCGGCCUGGUGUUUUCCGAGCGCAUCGGUUCCGUGAGCAGCGUGAACUUCCCGUCGUCGUACCCCAAGAGUUCUGAGUGCUCGUACUUCAUUCGGGUGGCGCCAGGACUCAAACUCCGCCUCCACUUCGACCACACCUUUGAUGUGGAGGAUCACCCGGAAGUCACGUGCCCGUACGACUACGUCAAGAUCCGAGCGGCCGCCGGCGAGUUUGGCCCGUUUUGCGGUCGCCAAUCACCCGGCGACAUCCAGACGGACACCAACACCGUCGCCAUCUUGUUUCACAGCGACGACACAGGAGAAAACAUCGGGUGGAGGAUCACAUACACCGCAGAGGACAGUAAGUCAGUGUUCUCGCCUGCAGCUAACGCCACGGUGACACCGCUACGGUCCGAGUACUCGUCCGGAGACCGCGUCCGCGUUUCGUGCUGGCCGGGCUUCGCGCUCAUCAAGGAUGGCGAGCGUGUGGACGGCGAGUUUGAGCUGCGCUGUCAGCAAGACGGCACCUGGAACGCCACACUUCCUGUCUGUCAAAGGGUGGAUUGCGGGUGUCCGGCGGUGGUGGGCGGAGCCGAAGUUGAGCUUGGCAACCAUGACAAUGGAAGCCGAUUUGGCGCUGCCGCCCGCUACGUCUGCGAAGAGCGCCACCGACAAAUACACCCUGAACACGCGUGUGGCCGUCCGUCCCGUCCUCUGGCCGUCCAGGUGAAGCGCAUCGUCGGCGGUCGCGCGGCCGAGCCCGGAAACUUCCCCUGGCAGGUUCUUCUGAGCGUGGAGGAUUUGAGCCGCGUUCCUGCGGAGCGCCGGUUCGGGUCGGGCGCCCUGCUGUCGGACACGUGGGUCCUGACCGCCGCCCACGUCCUGCGGUCCCGCCGCCGCGACGGCCGGGUGGUCCCCGUGGCCCCCGAACACGUUAAGGUGUUGGCGGGCGUGGUGGACGUGCGCGACAAGCAGGCGUCGGCGGGCCUGGCCGUCUCCCAGGUGCUCAUCCAUCCCGACUUCCGGCCCAGCGAUUUCGACAACGAUGUCGCCCUGGUGAAGCUGAGCGUCAGGGUGGAGCUGAACGACGCCGUCCGUCCCGUCUGCCUGCCGCCGCAGGGCGACGCGCCCACCCCACUGCCCCACUCUCUGGGCGUGGUCGCCGGGUGGGGCGUGUCGCACCCCGACGUGACCUCCAACCUGCUGCAGUUUGUCCGCCUGCCGGUGGUACCGCAGGACGAGUGCCGUGCCAGCUACGCGGCCCGCGCGGGGGGCUACAACAUUAGCGACAACAUGUUCUGCGCUGGUUUCUAUGAGGGCGGGCGCGACACCUGCCUGGGCGACAGCGGGGGCGCCUUUGUGGCCCAGGACCCCGUCAGCCGGCAGUGGGCGGCGCUCGGCCUGGUGUCGUGGGCGGGGCCCGAGGAGUGCGGCAGUCGUCGGGUGUACGGCGUCUACACGCGUGUCAACAAAUACCUCAAAUGGAUACAGGAGCGCCUCCUGGUGGUCAUAUGACUACAUCACACACAAAACACGUGUCUUACAAUUCUUGCACGACUAUAUAGUGUAAAUAUAGAGAACACUGUGGCUGACACGUUGCCGAAACAAAACAAAGUCAUUGCAUGCAUUAUAAGUUUGAACGCAAAACUACGCAAGUACAUGAGGAAAUCUUCAUAUUUGUCAUUUUUUGAUGAUGUCGAAAAUGAACCUCAUAUCUUUUAACGAUUUGCUUCAGGUUAUCAUCUACAUGUGUUCAUAAUACCUGAUCAGAAUGAUUGUAUUUAAAGGCACAAAACGUUAAGUCACAGGUAUUUGGAACUGAAAAAUAUUACAAUUAAAUCCAUUUAUGAAG